UUGCAGAGGCUGGAAUUUCAUUUCAGGUUCAUCGUUGACAGGAUAGCAAGAAAGUGAACCGUCCUGUCAGCGGCCUCAAGUAACAUAUUGAAUUUUCGUGCAAGUUGUUGUAUGUCUAAAGUCAAAGACAAGGAUGACCGAGAGCUCAGCGAAUAAACCGGAAAAUGGAGAAGUGUGUCAUCGAACAACAAAUGGGGUGAAACCAUGCAGAAACGGCUUUGUGAAGAAUCAUUACCAUUAUCAGCAGCAGCACCACAAGUCCUGCUACCUCGAAGAGAAGGUUCACCAUAGAGCAUCCAAUGGAGGUCUGUACAGCAGGCCAUUCCUCGAAUCAUUUGAGGAAACGCCUAUGUUGGUGGCGGUUCUUACAUACAUGGGAUACGGAAUCCUCACCAUCUUUGGCUAUCUGAGGGACUUCCUGAGGGACUGGAAGAUUGAGAAAUGUCAUAUCGCCCGAGAGAGGGAAGAACAGAAGGACUUUGUUCCACUUUAUCAAGACUUUGAGAACUUCUACACAAGAAAUUUGUACAUGAGGAUACGAGACAGCUGGAACCGGCCCAUAUGCAGUGUUCCGGGAGCCAAAGUGGACCUCAUAGAGAGGAUCUCUCAGGACUACAACUGGACCUUUGAAUACACGGGCCGAGUGGUGAAGGACGUCCUCAACAUGGGCUCCUACAACUACCUGGGCUUCGCCGAGAACACGGGCAUGUGCGCCGAGGCCGCCGCUGCCGUCACCCGGGAGUACGGCGUGGGCGUGGGCAGCACGCGGCAGGAGAUGGGUAACUUGGACAGACACAAGGACCUGGAGGAGUUGGUGGCGAGGUUUCUGGGCGUGGAGUCAGCCAUGGCGUUCGGCAUGGGUUUCGCAACCAACUCCAUGAACAUACCUGCCAUCAUUGGAAAGGGCAGUCUGAUUCUGAGUGACGAGCUUAACCACGCCUCCCUGGUGUUGGGAGCCCGGCUGUCUGGGGCCACUAUCCGUGUCUUCAAGCACAACAACAUGCAGAGCUUGGAGAAGCUUCUGAGAGACGCCAUCAUCCACGGGCAACCCAGAACACACCGCCCCUGGAAGAAGAUCCUCAUUGUGGUGGAGGGGAUCUACAGGUACAGCAUGGAGGGCUCCGUCGUGCGACUGCCCGAGGUCGUCGCCCUCAAGAAGAAGUACAAGGCCUACCUGUACCUGGAUGAGGCCCACAGCAUCGGUGCUCUAGGGCCCUAUGGCCGCGGUGUGGUCGACUACUUCGGUCUGGACCCCCGCGACGUCGACAUCAUGAUGGGCACGUUCACCAAGAGCUUCGGUGCCGCCGGAGGCUACAUCGGUGGCAGGAAGGAGUUGAUGGAUUACCUCCGCACGCAUUCUCACAGCGCUGUGUACGCCACCUCCAUGUCUCCGCCCAUCGUGGAACAAAUCAUCACUUCUAUGAAGUGCAUUAUGGGUGAAGAUGGAACUACAAUAGGCCGUGAGCGAGUGAAACAGCUGGCGGAGAACACAGCCUACUUUCGGCGGAGACUGCUGGAGUUGGGCUUCAUCACCUACGGCAACAGCGACUCACCUGUGGUUCCCAUGAUGCUCUACAUGCCGGCCAAGAUUGGGGCCUUUGGUCGGGAGAUGCUGAAGAGGAACAUCGGUGUGGUCGUUGUAGGCUUCCCCGCUACCCCAAUCAUCGAGUCCAGAGCUCGCUUCUGCAUAUCCGCCGCCCACACCAAAGAAAUGCUGGACAUGGCCCUGGAGAAAAUCAGUGAAGUGGGGGACUUGCUCCAUCUGAAGUAUUCGCGGCACAGAACACAACCAGCUGUGGAUCGGCCCUCCGACGAGACCACAUAUGAGGAGAGUGAGGACUAAUCGAUCGAUCGAUCAAUCGAUUGACCAAGCACCUCUCCGGCCUCAGACCAAACGUGCACUGCGCUCUCAUCUUGAGCUCUCAUGAAAGGAGAGAGUUACUGAACCACUCAAUAAAUGUCUUAUUUUCUUUUUCCAGUCCUCCUUACUCCUAACCUGCACACAGAUUCCACUGAUGACCCUGCUGAGGUCUGGGGAUGGUGAACAGUGAUCUGUCUGUCUGUCUGUCUGUUUGUUUAUCUGUUUGUUUAUCUCUCUCUGUUCACCAUUUUAACAUGCAUUACGUUUCUUACCUGUAAGCAAGAAAUUUAAUGUUUGGACUGUCUGCAUCUUAUGGCUUCUGUGUGCCCGUGUGUUUUGAGUGUGUGUGUGUGUGUGUGCGUGUGUGCGUGUGUGUGUGAGUUUGAGUGUGAGAGAGAGUGAGAGUGUAGGCAGACUACCAGGACACCAUUUCUGUGCUUUGAGAAGGAAAAACAAACUCUCAUUGGUCACUGCCUUCUGGUUUGCCUCAUACGCUCCUCACCCCCCUCCUCUCCUCUCCUCGCGCACCAGUCUUUCCCCAAACCCAUCCCUGUGCACUGAGAACACCACUGGAUUAAGUGGGAACAUACUGGAGAACGUAGAACCGGAGAGCCCCAGGGAUCUGGUCUCUGAGGACUCCCACCUUGGCCCCCCUGCGUUGCCGUGGUGAUCCCCUCCCUAAAUCACUCCCUGAGAUCCCCCUCACCCCUCUCGGGAUUUGGCCCUGGUGUUUUUCUUUCCACAGCCUUUGCAUAACAACCAGGAAUCAGUGUCUUACUUGAACCUCAAUAUGGUUUCUCUGACUAGUGAUCUAUUUAUUUUUGUACUGUGACGUGACUCACGGACGGGCGGCGCUGGUAAUGUCUUAGGCCAAUCUGUACACAGCUCUGCACUUCUGUCAAAUUUUCAACUCAAAGGAGAUUUAUGAACUUUUGGGCAGGGACAAGACCUUCUGUUCAUUCCCAGAUCUAUUAUUAUUAUUAUUAUUAUUAUUAUUAUUAUUAUUAUUAUUACUGUUAUUAUUAUUACACCGCUACGUUUCAUUAUAAUUUUCUUGAAAUGGGUCUUGGUUGAUAUUCACUGAUGAAUACUAAGCUUAUUUGCUCACGAGCAGUCUCUUGAGUUCAUCUUAGGAUAAUCUGUUGUCUAUCUCCUUUUAUAAACUUUGUUAUGUAUAUUUUCAUUUGGUUUAUAGCUUUUUUUUUUUUUUUUUUAUAUAUAGCUUUGACCAGUGAUAGUAUAGACUGCCCCCAAGGCCACCACCAGACUAUCUUUCUGAAGUCUCUUGUCUGGUGAGGAAGACGUGCCACCACUGUCAGUGUCAAGAUGGCAGGGAUCUCCAAAAACAAAUCACCUCCUGUGUUUAGGUCUGUUCAGUUUGUGUGGUUUUGUCUCUGAUGUACAGAUUUAUUUAUUGUUAAUCUCCUUUUUUUUGUGUGUCUUAUUUGGGAAGUAAAAGUGCAUUGUUUCUCUAAGGCAGCUCCAGAAUGUCCUCAAAAUGCACAUUUACACUGCAUGCUCUUCAGUGCCAAUACUACUGAUGAGUAUUCCUUGUUGGAAGAGAGAGAGUAAAAAACAACCCUUUGUAAUCCUCAACAAGCGCAUGUAUGACGUACUCACUGAGGCUGCUAGUUUACGAUGAAAAAAACGGUGCUGAUCUGUACUUGAUACACUAUGUUUCGUGGCUUUAGCGGCUUGUCUGUCUGAACGUCAUCCAUUCCAAAUUGUGUUUGAGAUAUCCAACUUUGAAAAAGAAUACGUACCCCUAACCCCUGUGACCAAAACAUAAAAAAUGGAUGAAUGUUGAUUGUCAUAUGUCAGAUGUGUUUCUUUCUUUCUUUGGAGUUGUAUUUUAUUUCUAUCUAUUCAGUUGUGACAAGAUAAGUUAUCGAACCGUUCACCAGGCAAAGAUGGACUUUUACUUACCAGUAAGGAUGUAUUGGUCAGAUCACUAGUUUAAGGAGAAAGCUUUUCAGCUUGGUAAACACAUGUGCAAGCUUCUCAGCUUGGUAGACAUAAUAUGUGUAUGUAUCAAAAAAGGACAUCUAAUGUUUUUAUUGUACCUGGAAGAAGUCAUGGAUAACCAUAUUUAGUGUCAUGUUUUGUUAAAGUGAAGUCUAUUUGUUCUCCCUUUUGACCUGAAUAAUAAUGAUUGGUUCUGUCAAUUUAUGUUAUGGGAAUUUCUGGUCUGCAUUAAAGCAGUGGUGUCAUAUCCAGACGGCUUUAUAAAUACAUGUGCUGUAACACAUAAUAUGGGUUUGCUACCAGUACUAACAAUGGUAGACCUACUUCAUCGAUCAAAGUGCACUGUUCCCUACAUAUCAGCACUGUUCACGCCUUCCAGGACAUUAAAAUAUGACUAAAACAUCA